CAGGAGAAUACAGUAUUAAACAGACAACACUGAGAUAUUGUGACCAGCAGAGUCAGAUGGUGUUGGUGGGAAUACAAAGGAAUGCGAUUAACUUGUUUUUCAGACGGGCUGGAUGACGGUUAUUGAACGUCAAGUUGCAAAGAAAGAUUUUCUAGUUUCACGGACCUGUUAUUGAAACUCACAGUAAAUAGGCAGAUCGACUAUACUUAAUGUCCGGAGGGGGCAGCAAUGAACACAAAGCGCUUUAAUGUCAACAGAAUUUCACCAGACGAAGAAUGUCACCUGUCAAACAUUUGUUAGCUUGCUAAAGCUAACUUAUUUACAGUAACGUUAGCUUCAAUACUGUCAUUCCUGCGCACCGCUAGGUAUUGACAAUAAUGGAGAUGGUAUGGGAGGACCCUCCAGUCCCUGAGACUCCUUUCUUUACCAGAGAUCUCUAUGACAAAUAUUCCCUUGCACCUAAUAUCAGAGAAUUGUGGGCGUUUCUCCAAAGUCCUGUGGUGAAUGCCAACAUAAAACAGGAGUGUGAUGUUGGGGCUUCAAAAGCUUCCUGCUCUCGCUUCACGGAAGAAGCUGCCAAGUUUAAAGACAACAGUUGCAUCAGCAAGGAAGAGUCCUGUUGGGACAGCUGUGAUAGUGAUGAUCUGUGUGCGGACAAUGCUGUGGAUGGUGUAGAAGAAUGUAAGGAUACUGGAAAAUCAAGAGUAAAGCUCAAGCAGGUUGAGAAUGAGGCAGAUGCUGCUUAUCCUGAACCCAGACUGCCCUUCCCCUGUAUGUCCAGCCUGUCUAGUAAAGAGCAGAAGACAUAUCUUGGCAUUUUGUUGAGUAAGAAAACAAGGGAUGCUCCUCAGAGUUUAAAGGCACGAGUAAACAAUGAAGUGAUGCAGUUCAUGAGGUACCUGCAAGAUGUGGCCAAAAUAUGCACUGACGAUUACAACUUCAUAUCACAAGGAGCUAUGCAAUAUUCAGAGGAUUUCUUCAGGAGCUGUUUGGAGUGCAUUAAGACAUUUCCUCAGCUCUACCAGAUCUAUGAGAUGACUAGUUUGACAGGGGGAACAUUCAACCCAGGGCUGACGCUGACCUUUGAAAAACAGUUGCUAAUCAUGGGCAAUGUGGAUAUUACAGACCACAAGAUAGUGCCUGCUGAUGCACAGCUUGCAUCGGAUUAUCAGAGUGUUUCAUCAGAGAAUCCUCCAGCUAAAAAAGCUAAGGACAUGCACGCUACAAUCAGCAGUGAUAGUAAUGCAGAGAACCUGAGUGCUCGUUAUGAGCCUCACGUGUGUCUGACUCGAGAUGCCCUGGUCAGGCUGCUAGACAACCAUGGCCCUGACUUUGGAGAGCAAUGGGAACUGCCUGUCUGGGUCAAAUUAAACCCAGGAAAAGGCAGUAGUCAGAAGAAGACUGUGUAUAUAGACUCACCACUUCUGAAGACUGAAAUGACAGUGAGAGAGAGGAGUCAUAUCUACCACGAGGAGAGUUUGAAGCUUUCCAUCAAGAAGAAUGGAAGCAAAAAUGUGUUCCAUUUAAUGACAGAGCUUCCUGCGAAUGAACGGCAGCUCUCAACGGAGACCUCACAAAGAAAAUGUUUGUCUUUUGAAAACAACGGUCUUGACUUUGAGGUGGACCUCACUGACCUGGAGACAUUUGGAGAGAUGACACCCAUUAAAACCCCCAAGAUGCAGAAGAUACAGAAUGAGCAGGAUGCACUUGUUAAAAGCAAAAAAGCUACAAGUUCCUUGCCUUCAACUAAGACUAAAAGGUCUAGUGAGCAUCUCGUAAACACUAGCAGCAGUUCACAAGAAGAGAUGAACACCUCAUUGACAGAUAUGGAUGAUCCCAUAAUAGAGGAGACGACUCAGCCAGUUGUGAGUGAGGCUAUUGUACCAAAAACUGAAAAAAUGAGACCGGACUCUGCUCAGGAAAGUGACAAAGACCUAGCUUUCACAGGAGACUCAGACGAUGAGAAGCUGGUCAUUGACGACUCUGUGUCUCCAGGUGCACCUACAACACGACCAAAGCCUAAGACCACACCAAGCUCUGCAGACCCCCCCGUUACCCCCGUCUCUGUGUCUGUACCUGUAAAUUCAGAGUCAUCUUCCCCUCAAAAAGUUUCAAGGCAGAGGCGACAAUCCAAAAGAGCAAAGGUAUCUGGCGACCAGCUGGGUGAGAUCCUGCGCAUGCAGACACGCAUGUUCACCUCUGCCAAUGACACAGCCAAAUGCUCCACCAUAUCCCAAGAUACCAACUCACCCACCCGAUGUAUGGGACCCUCAGUUCACUCCCAUCCAAUGUCUCUGGUUAAGCCCUGUGUGUCCUCAUAUUUGGAGAGAAACCAGAACCAGGAUGAGGAGACCUGCACUGCUCCUCACGAAUCUGCACCAGUGGUCAACAUUACUACUACAGAGCACAAAAAAAUACUGUCACAAGACCUGCAGGCUGGUGCGGAAGAUGAACAAGAUUACAAGGCUCCAGAAGAAGGCAACCUGCUCUACAAGCUCUUUAGUCUGCAAGAUUUGCUGGUCAUGGUGCGCAGCUCUGUCUCACUGACCCAUACUAGGAAAGUAGGCAGCAGCCAAAACCAGUAUGUGCCAGUGCAUGUCUUGCCCAAGCUGGAGUACCAACUGAGUUAUGGUGUUGAGUGUCUAAGCAGCAGUGAGGCUUGCCAGCUGUGGACUGAGACAUUGCUCCACUCCAGCACUGUGUCCUACAUAGCUCACAUCAAUGCACACACAUCAAAAGUAGCUCUGCUGAGAAAGCUGCCCGACGACUGGAAACAGAACAUCUCCUGUGGGUUCAAGCCAUCCAAGUCACUGAAUAUACUGCACCACCUACUGAAAAAGCUAACUGGGUUAGAGGAAGGACAGUACCUGAUUGCACACAAGGCAGGGGAACCAUUUGUCACCUUAUUAAAAGCGGCUAAUGGGAAAGUGAGUCGUGGGGCAUACAACCUGCAGCAUGUCCACAGCUCUGUCCCACAGCCCCCGGCCUCUGGUCCCGUGCCCUGGAUACCUGUUGAUCCAGCUGUGGUCCUGCCCUUCCACCAGAAACACGGCCGUGUCCCCUGCACCUUCCCACUAAAACCCUUCGUAAAGACUGCGAAAGAUGGAUCAUCGCAGUCCAACAACCAUGAAGCUGGGCAGUCAAAGAACAAUUCAAAUGCAGGCGGCAACAAGAAGAAAAAACAAAAGAAACGUGCAGCCAAGCGUAAAAAGUAUAUUAAAAAGCUAGUUCGGAAGUCCAUUUAAAAUCCUGUGUCCAAAAGGAUUUAAUAUCGUCAUUCAUAUCAUUGAUUAGGUGAGUCAGAAGAGGAGCAGGACCUGUACUGCUGAGGAGAGGAAAGGAAAGGAAACAACUAACAAUGUCUGUUUUUUCAUACUGGAAAUACAUUAUGACCUUUAAAUAUAAAUGUGAAUGUUGAAGCACUUUUACAGUAUAGAAUCUAUACCUUUUUAUAUUUUUAUUUUCUUCAGAAACGUUUUUGUAUAUUUUGUCAAUUUUAUUUUUUUGUGAAAACAGAUCAACAAUAAACUGUCAAAGUAUUCA